AUGAAACAUAGUGAAGAAGUAACUACUAAUAAUUGGUCCAAAAAAAGUCCAAAAAAGAUAAAACGUGAAACAAUGAUAAAAGAGUUAAUGGUUCAUGGUGAAAAAUACAUGAAUCACAAGGGCAAUCCUGUUACAGCACGUAGAACUGGUGAACCCUGCGAGAACUAUCUAAAUUUUAUAAUUGAGGAACUAAAGGACCCAGUUAGAAACCUACCUUUAGCCAUUGCAAUUUCGUGCACAUUAGUUACCGCAGUGUAUGUACUGACCAACGUUGCAUUCUACACCACACUCUCCCCAGUCGAAAUUCUUGGUUCAAAAGCAGUAGCAGUAACCUUCGCCAAUAGACUAUUUGGACCUUUUGCUUGGACAAUACCAGUGUUUGUGGCUCUUUCUACAUUUGGGGCUGUUAAUGGAAUUCUUCUUACAUCUUCAAGACUGUUUUAUGCAGGAGCAUGUCACGGCCAAAUGCCCGAGCUACUUACUAUGAUCCAGUCUAAGAGAAUGACGCCUACGCCUUCUGUAUUAGUAAUGCUAAGCAUUGGAGCAGCAGUUUUAUGUCUUCCAUGGCUGAGAUGGAAACAGCCAGAUCUCAACAGACCUAUAAAAGUAAACCUUAUUUGGCCUAUCCUGUAUUUGGCCUGCACAAUUUUUGUCACAGCUGUCCCAAUGGCUGCAAGUCCAUAUGAAACAGGUAUGGGAUUGUUGAUGAUUCUUUCGUCCAUUCCUGUCUAUUUUGUAUUUGUUUACUGGAAAAAACCAGACUGGUUCCAAAGAGGCUCGAACGGCGCUACCGUGUUCCUUCAAAAAAUAUUUGUUGUUGUUGGUAAAGCAAAAGCUGUGAAACUAUAA